AUGGAAACACUCUCUCAACUUCGCGUCCUCAUCUUGAGGCCUAACAAGUUGAAUGGUACUAUGUUGGAGGCUUCAAAUACCGAGCAUCCUUUUCCAAAGUUGCAAGUCUUGGAUAUAUCAAGAAAUGCAUUUGUUGGCUCUUUACCAUAUAGAUAUUUCAAGAAUUUUGAAGGUAUGAUAGAUGCCAAGGAUAAUCUGACACGCGUUGAGAAGGAUAUUCUCCAAACAUAUUUAGACUUAGGUGUCACUUUGAAAGGUUUGGAUCAGGAAUUGAAAAGAUUGUUGGAUACGUUUACAAUGAUUGACUUAUCUUCAAAUAAUUUUUCUGGGAAUAUUCCAGUUUCCAUCGGCAAUCUUAAUUCUCUUAGAUACUUGAAUUUGUCAAGUAAUACUCUCACGGGAGAGAUUCCUGUGUCUCUUGGGAAUAUAAGUAUUCUUGAGUCAUUGGAUUUGUCAUGGAACAGAUUGAGUGGAAAAAUUCCAAGUGAUCUGACAGGGUUGACAUUUCUUUCGAAAUUUUCUACUUUUCAAAAAUGA